AGGGAGGAGGAGGAGGUAAGAGCUGAGCUUUCGAGUGCUUUGCCUGUCUGCAAGGAAAUUACAUCUUUAAACCUCACACACAAAACCCUGGAGCAGACACUGCCGAGUCCAGUCACUCAGACUAAGGGGGGCAGUAGGGUGGAUGCAGCUUCCUCCUCCUCCUUCUCAAACACAAGAAUUGCAAGUCAAGAGGGAAGAGGAUUGUGAAACAAUAAACUUUUUCCUGCAGAAGGGGACAGGAACUUUUGGAACCAUUAAAAAUAAAAUAAAAAAGACAUAUACAUUCAAAGUGAUCGUCUGGGAGGAAAUCAUUAUUUGAACCCAUAAGGAAGAAUACAAGGCUAUCUCUGGAAAUAAUGAAGGUUCUACUUCUCAUAUGCACCUCUGUGCUUCUCUGCAAUGCCCUGCCUUUUGAGCAGAGAGGAUUCUGGGACUUUUCCAUGGACGAUGGGCUAACAAUGAUGAGAGAUGAAGCAAAUGAGGAAGGCUCAGGAUUCAGUACUGCUACUCCCGGGAAAAAAGGACCCACAGCUUUUCCACCUCAUAUGCCUCCAAUGGACCUCUGUCCCUUCGGGUGUCAGUGCCACUUGCGUGUGGUCCAAUGCUCAGAUCUGGGUCUGACAAGUGUGCCUAAGAACAUUCCAAAGGAUACUAUGCUCUUGGACCUCCAGAACAACAAGAUUAUGGAAAUUAAGAAAGAUGACUUGAAAGGACUUAGCAAACUUUAUGCCCUGGUGCUGGUAAACAACAAAAUCUCCAAAGUUAACGAGAAAGCAUUCGAGCCGUGUAGUAAUCUCCAGAAGCUGUACAUCUCCAAAAACAGCCUGGAAGAGAUCCCCAAGAGUCUGCCCAAGUCCCUGGUGGAGCUGCGCAUUCAUGAAAACAAGAUCAAGAAAAUCCCUAAAGAUGUCUUCAACGGGCUGAAAAACAUGAACUGCAUUGAAUUGGGAGGGAACCCUCUUGAAAAUGGAGGCAUUGAUGCUGGAGCAUUCAACGGCCUAAAACUCAACUACCUACGCAUCUCCGAAGCCAAACUGAGUGGCAUUCCUAAAGGUCUUCCAGCUUCUCUAAACGAGCUCCACCUGGACCACAACAGAAUUCAGGCUGUUGAAAUGGGAGAUCUUAGUACAUUACCUAAUUUAUACAGGCUAGGACUGGGAUACAACAUCAUCAGACAGGUGGAAAAUGGAAGCUUGUCCUCUCUGCCCAUUCUAAGGGAACUUCACCUUGACAACAACAAGCUCGCCAAAGUGCCCCCAGGACUGCCAGACCUCAAGUUCCUACAGGUUGUAUACCUCCACUCCAACAACAUCACCCAGGUGGGCGUCAAUGACUUCUGUCCAACAGGCUUCGGGGUGAAACGCGCUUACUACAACGGAAUCAGCCUCUUCAAUAACCCAGUGCCCUACUGGGAGGUGCAACCCGCCACUUUCCGAUGCGUCACCGACCGCUUGGCCAUCCAGUUUGGCAAUUACAGAAAGUAGAACUGUGCGGAGAAAACAAAUGCAACCAAAGACAGAAGAUAAAAGAGAAUAAAAAUGAAGAAGAGAACUGUUCAAAAUCAGACUAAAAAGCGUGAAAAAAUAAAUAUUAUAUUGAAUAAAUUAGUCCAAUGAUACUCCAUGAGAGGGUGUGUAAAAACAGUCACUAAACUCCAUGCUUUAGGUAUUUUUCCUGUUCUACCUAUCCUCUGGCACAGCUGUCUAAAGAGCCAGGAAGGUAGUCAGUAGCUGCACUAAACUUGUAUAGUCACAGUUCUAUAUCCCAGUUAUUGAUAAGCUUAUUAGUCAAUAUGUACAGUAGGUCUCCAGCUGUUGAUGAAGCAGAGCUCCCAGCAAGCUUGAUGACUGGCUGAGCCAGAGUGGGGCUGGAAGAAGGUGCUACCCACUAGUAACCAGUCACCUUCCAGCUAUCAUUUUUAGACAGCAAGUUGGAAUAUGAAAGCUGAAGCUGUAUUGGUUGCUUUGGGAAACCCUUACAUUUUCUUUUCUUUCCUCUCUUACCUUGUCCACUGGGUUGUCCUUCAAAAAAAAUACUCACACAUCCAUCAAAUCCAGCAUUGUCCUGCUGUGAUCCGCCAAACCGCGGCUGCAUUCCAGGUCCUGUGCCGCCAUCAUCCUUUAUAACAUCAUCGGGAGCCAGCUGUCUUUUCUUGGUUCAGGCAACUGGCUCCCUGAUGAAGUCCAACAGGUUGCAGAUGCCCCCUGGGAUAUGUGGCAUGCAAAUCCCAGGAGGCUUAAGGAGGAGAGGAAACAUCAUUCUUGCCUUUUCUCAUCUGUGGGGUAACUGACUCUUUCUGGUUCAGACAGCCAGCUCCCUGAUGACACCCGCCGGCCACAUCCUCCUCUGACAGCUAUAAGCUGAUGCCUCCUCAGAUAUGCCGUGAGCAUAUGUCAGGAGGUUUCAGGGGCAGAGGAGACUUCCCUCUCGCCUGUGCUUAUAGGGAGCUGGCUGUCUCCUCCUGGUUUAGGCAGUGGUCCCCCUGAUGAUACCUUCCUCUGGCCGCUUUAUUUCAGCUUAAGCCUCCUCAGGUAUGUGGCAUGAAUAUCCCAGGGGGCUUCAGAAGUAGAGAAGC